AUGGCGACUGUGAGCGUGGCGGCGGUGGCGCGAGCGCUCACCUGGGGACGAAGUGGCGUCGCGCGCGCGCUGGCCAAGAUGGCGCGCGUGGACGCGGCGCUGCCCGCCCCCGACCCCGCCGCCGCCGCCCGCGGAGAGCGCCGCCGCAUCUGCCUCUUGGUGGCUGGGCUCUACGCUUUUAACGUCAUGGACGCUGCCGUGGACCUUGUCGGGUGGACUACUACGGUUGGAGAAUCUUUUAUGCCGUUUUAUGGAUUCUACUUGUUCGUAAUUCUGAUUCUCAGUGUGGCGGCAACUUUUUUCAACCUGAUGGCAACGUUGACAUCAAUUCCCAUUCUCAUCCUGCACUACACUGGGAAAUCGCAGUUCCCGCGCGUUUGCCUGCUGCUGGCAAUGACGAUGACGGGGCUGCUGCGCGUGACGAUGCUGCUGCUAACGGUGGACGCUGCGCGGGAGGCCGGCGCGCAGGCGGAGCGCACCUCCGUCCUCGCGCAGAAGGCGCAGCUGGCGGUGGCGGUGGAGGCGGCGGGAGCGGACGCGCUGUGGCAGAUUAGAAAG